AUUCGGACAUACUGUUCUCCAACUCUAAACCCGCGCAGGAAUGAGCAACGCUCGCCGAGCAGCGGAUACGAGCCCGGUCUCACCGACUAUUUCAAUCGUUUCCGCGGACGCCAUGCACGCAACCUCGCGUUACUGACAAGUUGAUAACGCACGCCGUAGCGGCCCGUCAGUUCGCGAAGCGUAACAUGUAACAGAACACCCGCCAGUCCCGGUUUGAGAGGCAAGAGUGAAGAGCAAUCAAUCACCGGACACCUCCACCGUUAUUCGGUGUGUGCACAGGACAGUGAGCGCUGCUGAGGCAGGAGAACCGCUGCUCUAAUGCUACCCUGACCGCUCCGACUCAGCGCUGCUAUUUUAACGCGGUAUCGUGUUUUCGACCAAACGUCGGAUCGGGUUUUACGGCGGGACAAGAUGUUGCAAGUGUUGGUUUGCGGCGUCGUGGUCUUCCCCGGUCUCUUCUUCACUUUUAGAAAAGUGCUCCCGUCCAUUUUCAAGCGGUGGACAGAUGCCGACGUCGUGCUGGUCAGCGAGAGGCUGGUGUCAUCCAUUCAUGCUGUUAUGGCCACCACAGCUGGCAUUAUCGUGGUGUCCUCGUGCAAAGGCAAUGUGAUUAUGGACCGACACUGGCUGGCCACCUAUUUUGUCAUUUGGUAUGGCGUUCCCUACAUGUCAUAUGACAUCUUCGCCAUGUACCUCAGCCAUUACUAUCGCUUCCGGGUCAAAGGUCACAAGGACUAUAAAAGCCACUCUCUACGAACCUUCAACUCAUUUGUGAGGAAAGAGUUCCUGCUGGUCCUCCAUCACAUUGCACUACUCACCAUCCUUCUGCCUGUGACUCUGUUCUUCAGGAAGGACCAGGGUGAUUACUUCAUUGGCUGUCUCUUCCUCACAGAGCUCAGCACUCCUUUUGUUUCACUGGGCAAAAUCCUCAUUCAGCUGGGGAUGCAGGAGUGCUGGCUGCACAAGGUUAAUGGCGGCAUGGUUCUGCUGAGUUUCUUCAUGUGCCGCAUCGCCCUCUUCCCCUACAUGUACUGGGCCUACGGCUCCCACUACGGCAUCCCGCUCUACAGCGUUCCCUUCCAUCUCCCGCUCUCCACCAACCUGGGCAACCUCUGCAUCCUGGCACCGCAGGUCUACUGGUUCGUCCUCCUCUGCCGCAAAGGCUACCGACUCUACAAACGGCAGCGGGACGCUCAAAACCAGAGCUCUCCGCUGUCCUCGCCCGAGCCCGUCUCAGAUAUCUCCAAGGCUGAUUAGUGAAGGUCUGUCUUUAUCUAGAACAAACAAUAAACAGACAUCACGGCUGAAGGCUACGGCACUGCAUCUGCUACUGUUACAAUACAAUCAAGAUUUCAUGUUAGAAAUACCCUUAUCGCUCCUCUUCACUUUACUCCAUUCCACGUGCACACUCACAAUUACACGCUCGCCCGUUAAAAUGGCGCUUCACUGGAUGAACUUCAGUGGCUUCCAAGGAGCAUCUUCUAGGUCAGUUAUUGAGGGCCGUAACCCUCUUUUUCUUCUCUGAUUGGAGUAUCUGUUACAGUUUGGACUGGUGUCUUUGAUUGUCGUUGGAAUUAUCUGUUACUUUUUUUGUUAUUUUUGCUUUUGUCCCAUACGAAAUGCUGAUGUACAAAAAGGCACUGGUUUAAAACCGGGGAAUUUAUUAUGCGAGUGGCACAGCCGUCAUGAUAAAUUCAUUGAAUUAAACCCACAGCAUUUCAGAUCACAUCCCACUCGGCGCAAAGCUCCUAUCAUCACGUGGUAAGCAUUUCCAUGGCUGCAGUGCUGCUGUUCUUGUUUACAGCUCAUUAGAGUUCUGUGAAUGUGUUUGCACACACACUGCCCUGCUGUGACUGUUUACACUUCUCUACCACACACCGCCCUUUACGCUCUGGAGGCUGCUAAUGAAUUCUGCUUCACUUCUGUGGGCCUUUUGGGCUUCCCAUGUCCUCCCAUCCACACGGGGGCAGCAGAGAGUCGGUCCUUAUGUUUACAUGGCAUAGACGAGACUCCAGUCUAUAGGGGGAUGAGGUCUUCGCAGGGUACAAAGAGCAAGCACAUAACGCUUGGCAUAUCUUUUAGGCCACAUAAUGCUCGAGGGCAUCUCCAGACUGUAGUCAAAGCAAUAACAUGGGGCUUUAAGGCAAGGGAUUGUGGGUAGUUGAAGAGCCCAUAUGAACACUUGGGUAAGGAUAGAAAAGCUGCAUGACAUCCUACUCUCAAAGCAUGUAUAAAGGAUGUAAUACGGGAUUUCUACAGUCUUGAGUAGAAGGAAAACAUCAGGCAAUUUUACAUUUGAGAUUUUCACGUGUAGAAAAGUCAUCAGACGUCUUUAACAUUCGCAAUUUCUGUAGUCGGUAUCAUUUCUGUUGCCCUUCAGCUGAAAAUUAUUUCGGCUAGACACCACUUUUUAUGAAUGCUGUCUACUAAAUAAUUUCUAGAAAAUGAUAUCCAGCUUUGAAAGAUUUAGGAACCCUGGUAAGUGUGAUCUGAGUGCGAAGUGUGAAACGCACUUGAUAUGGGGCUUGAAUUUUUACCUUCCUAUUAACUGAGCCUACAGUUUGAGUUGUAAAUAAAUAAGUUAGAUUUAAUUCUACAUUGAUCAAUAUUGCAUAAUAAAAGAGUGAUUUGCUGUUGCCUAGGGUCAUUUUAGGGAUAAUCUGUGGCUUAUAAGAGCUUGUGUAAGUGUAGGCUUAGCAAGGAACUCAGAAGCCUUUGUUUCAGGGCUUUUAACACAACCUGCAGCAUCUUUCAUAAUACAUUUAGUGAAUGCUGGAUGCCGUAUGAAUGCAUCUUAGGAGUUUUUUUUAACAGCGACUUCUAGAUUCCAUUAAGCGCUUUCAGGAGUGCAGAUCUGUGAGAUUAAAAUGUUGCCCACUACGUACCCAUGCACUCUUAUUUAGUGUUUCCAAGACAAACUGGACUUAAAGGUUGCCUUUAGCAAGUGUGCGUGUGUGUGUGUGUGUGUGUGAGAC